CCACGCGUAUCACAGCUACCUUUCUCCGUAUCAGAACGCUGUCCCAGUGUCAUCGAAGAUGGAAUGACUGUGCUUUUGGAGCUUGAUUACCAAUGUCUUUGGAAUGAUUUCUUUUACAUUUCUUCAGAAACGUUCGCGAGACAUCAGCGGGUUGCCAAUUUAGACACUGUCUACAAAAAUGCGGAGCGUACGAUAGUCGCCGCAGCCGGGAAUAAUGCUGAAUGCGGACUCCCAGGCGUUGGCGGUCGACAGCGCCUGCAGCAAACCAAAAUCAAGAUCGGACAACAUAUCUAUGUUUCGACGAUAAUAGACUCAAGUCACUGCCUCGAAACAUCAACUCACCAGACACGUGGCUGGACGUAUCGAGAAUUUCUCUCUUCACGAAGGCGGCUUCUCUUCUCAGACUACGAAGUCUCAUUUGCCUGCCGCUCUUUUUGUACGGCACUGCACCGCCAGGAGUCGUUAAGCUGUCCUUCGGGAGAUCUUCCCACUUAUGAGAACAUCCUAGAGCAACGCAACUCGAAGAUAAAACUUUGGAAGAUGUAUAUUUCCACAAACCCC